AUGCUGCAGUUUGUAUUGACAAUUCGUGAUAAAAACGACUGGCUGUCAAGUCUACGACAAACAAUAUUGCCGAAAACCAGUCAUUCAAACACACUAGUGGUGGAUAAAGUCAAGCAUAUACUGGGACUUGAUGCGCGAUUUUUAAAAAUGGCAUUUGAUUCACUGACAUUCGCAUUUCGUAAAGGUGAAAUUGACUUUGAUGAUGAUGCGGUAUUAUUAGAGUGUUUCGAUGAAUAUAACGAAUUGGUAGUUGGCAGUGUACCAUCAAGUCGCCUUCUAAUACAUAAACUUGGAGAUUGUUGGGAGCCCUUGUGUAAGUUUUUGAAUGUGAAUGUACCUCGUUGUAUAACAUAUCCUCAUGUCAAUGAUCGGAACGAAACUCAGAAGCGUGUCGAUGUGCUCAAAGAGAUUGGUAUCCUCUUGGACCAUUAG